UUCCUAGUCAAAAAACACAACAGCCUCAGCUUCCCUCCAGAAGGCCUGGCCCUUCUAGUUCUUGACUUCCAUUUUGCCUCUUAAUCACGUUACCUCCCUUAUUUGCAGCUAUGGCACCACAUCAGGAGACACAAGCACGUCAAAAUAACCUCCUCAACGCAGCUUUGAGCACAUUCCUGACAGCCGGCUCCAUGGAUUUGCAAGCGCGAUUGUAUAUAACCGGGGAGAAGUAUAAACCAGGAGAUGAUGAUUCUGACGUAUUCGUUUUCUACCCCGAGUACCUUCGCCAUUUCACCGGUUAUUCGAGAUCUUCCGGCGAGACUCUAUGUAUAGACCCACCUAUGCUCAAAGCUCUGGCACCCACAAAGACCAGACUCGUUCCGAUCACAGCUAACCCCUAUUGGUCCCUUAUUGACCACACCGUCAGGGAGGCUAUUCUCAAAGUCUUAUCCGAUGACCUCGGGUCUUUGCAAGAUGCUUGCUACAAGCUUGAACUCUUCGUCAGCGAAGUCAGAGAAAUCCUCGAGAGACGACAGAAGCUGUUUGCCAAUUCUUUUGCAUUGAAAGAAGAAUCUAUAGCCUAUGGCUGCAGGUUCCUUUUUUCCAGAGGGCUUGGAGGGUAUUCGGAAUCCCUCAGGGAAUAUGGACGACACGUCCACGAAUGGCCGUUGGCGAUCAACCUCAGCGAUCUGCGCCUCGACGCCCUCCCAAAGUGCAUGAAAUACAUAGAACCGACCGUCGAAUUCUUGCCUCAUGGACGUCAUGAUUCGCAAGCUAGGGUUACGCAGAACCCGGGUACUGAGCGCUUCUUUUCGCUGUCUACAGAAUCGGUUGCCAUCUCCGCCCGCGUCAACAAGACGAUGGGUGGCCGGCUUUUUUCGACGGUCAAUUCCUUUCGAUUGCCUGCUGGCGUUGUCGUGAUCAGUCCCCAGGGGACAAAGCAGCUUGGCGAGGGUGGCACAUAUACCGUAAUCAACCCUCCCCUUCCAGAAUCCUACGUAUUGCAUCAGUUCGUGAUAUGUGACAACGCUGUGAAGUUACCAAAGUCUCCAAAGACUGACUUUCAAAGCAGCUUUUUCGACGACACGAUCUCACAUCGUACUCGAGUGGUCGAGAGGGCAGUAGUCGAUAACCUCGUUCCGCGACGCCCCACCGCUACCGACGCAGAUUUUGCUCACUUUCUCCCCGAGCUGUUGUUGCAACCUCGGAAAGAUGCUCUGUGCCUUCAACCCGCAACCGAAGACCUGGCCAUGAGAGGGUUGAACCAGCAAGGGUAUAGCGCUCUAUUGCAGAUCCAUCUUCCGCCGGGUUACUUGAUCAUAUCCCCAAGCGGUUGCAAGAUGAACCUCGAUAUAGCUCCUAUCAACGAACGAGAUGGAGACAGCUCACCCGGCCAUGGGGGAGAGUAUAUAUUCGUACCACCAGAGCACGCCAUCGAUCCUAGCAGAUAUAGAGAGAUAACCCGAGCGAAAAGUGACAUAGCUUGGAUAGUGUUCAACGAGCGCAUGGCUGUGUUCCGUGAUGGGAAAAUGUUUCCUCGACUAGUUGGAAAUGGCCUCCAUCGAUUGUCCACACGGAACGGUGAGCUAGUGGUGUCUUGUGCCGAUGGGGAGUAUGACCUAGCUAAGGCCCUUAGAAACCCUGACCCGUCUCCUAUGUUUAGAGUCCAAUCCCUGCCGACCUCCGCCUCUGGAACUGCGCCCAACCAAUCUAUGGCAAACCCUCCUUCUCGCAAUAAUGACCAUGGACCUUCCGCCGGGGGUGAUGGAGAAAUCGAGAAGGAGAAUGGAGAGAAUAACUCUUAUGCCACUCCAAGUACCGCUGCAUCAGCGCUAACGGGGGCAUCACAGGAUCGGAAGCGAAAGACGCCCCACGACGUAAUUGAGCUACCGCAGAACGUAUCGAAUCCUGGACUGCAGGUUCAUCCACCGGCUCGACCGAAGACUCAGUCUACGACUCAGGAGGAGGCAAACUCGCAGGCCUUCAAACCUAAGCCCUUCUUGGAACUCCUGCCUCAAGCCUUGUCUGAACCAGAAUUGAGAAACGAGAACGAGGCCCAGCCGAUGGCGCAAUUGGAGGCCCAACCUAUGGCCGUGAAAAAGCCUAGACUAUCUGACCUUAUGGCGGAGAACGCUGAGGAAUUGAUCGGCAGCGCGCAACAGCAACAAUCUACCACUGCGCCCCCUCCGGCCCCGGCAACUCAAGAGAAAGAGGCGCUUCCGCACCCCCAGGAUGAAGCAAAAGCUCAACCUGAAGAGAAGAAGAAGAAAUUAGUGCGCAUUGUUUUGGUCAACAAGAAGACUGCCGCGCCUGCUGCUCCCCAGGAACAAUCUGGCUUUAUGCAGGACUCUGGUGCUACCACUCAACAAACACCAACCGGGGUUCCCGAAGCUCAACCUCAGACGCAGCAUCUAGCCGAGCCCCAACCCGAACGACGAAAACGAGGCCGCCCACGUGGCAGAGGUGCCCGCCCAGCCGUGCCCCGCGGAGGACAUUCUGCCGGAGGAUCGAGCACGCACACUUCCGGCGGAGAUGUAUCGCUUGGCGCUCCCCAGGCCAAUAGUCCCCAGACAGAAACUGCGCCUCCGCGAACCGACUCCCGACGAGGUGGCUCUCGUUCUAGUCGACCAUCUUCGCGUCCCAGCGGAGGCCAGUGAGGGUCAUAAGACCUCAACACCCAGUGCGAACGAUAAUGCAAACGCAUGGUAAUCGGCGACUCUACCUAGAGUAGCCGAUGAACGCGUUUAUACCUGACUUAAUAGUUGAGAUAUAAGAAUUGAGUGGGCUCGCAGUCCUUAAGCGCGCUUGGAAAAGAUUUAGAAUAAGCAUUUCCAUUCGCGGCUGAGAGGAUGCGAGAUCAUGUUGCGAGAUUAGGUAGCCUAAUGCUUUGGCAAAACCACGCCGUCCCCUUGGAUCCUGGAUCUGCGGAUCGUAUUCCGGCGCGAUGGGAGUCUGCUGCUACUCGAUGACUUCUGACUUCUCUUGCGUAGUAUUAGGCAACUAUAUAGCUACAAUUCACACGAAUAUCUCUUACUUUGCCGGCGCUCGUGCCCUUCGGUACAGGCCUUUCUUUCUUCGUAAAAUAAAAACGUGCUGUCGUAGGUCUUCCGGGGACGGAAAGUCUUCGGAUGGGAAGGCAUAAUUCAACGCUGUCGCAUUAAUGAACGGAAAGGUAAGAGAUAAGCAACCAUCGGCACAUUAUUUCCAGUUUCAUGAUGCCCAGCGGCUUGUUAGGGGUUU